CUCCAUACGCUGCCGUAGGGGCCGUCCCCUCCGCAGGGAGCCAGGGGCUGGGAGGGAUGUCCCGGCAGACGUGAGCGGGGCAGGAGCGGGCACGGUGGGGACAGGCCAUGCUGGACCUCCUCGUUCUGAGCCUCCACUUCUUCCUCUGCUUUCUCAUCUUCCUCGCCAUCUGGCGUGGACACAAGGAUGUGGAUUUGCCCAGCUCAGGCACCGGCACAGCUGAAACGGGGCCAGAUGGUCUUAUAUUUAUUGGCAAAGAAGAAGACAUAAAGCAGUCCCAAAGAACAACAGCCAAAGUCAAUGGCAGAGAAGUUGUUGUUUUCUACCAUGAAGGGAAAUUUCACGCUUUGGACUCGCGCUGCUACCACGAAGGAGGUCCUUUGCGUCUUGGAGAAAUAGAGGAUAUCAAUGGCCAAGCAUGUAUUGUUUGCCCUUGGCAUAAGUAUGUAAUUACUUUGGAAACAGGAGAAGGAUUGUAUGAAGGAAUAAACCCUUUGGAGCCAUCACCGACGCCGCAGUGGCAAUCCAAAGGAGUCAAACAGAGGAUUCACAAACUCACAAUAGACAAUGGGAACGUUUAUUUGAGUCCCCCAGAUUUGUCUGUAAGCUUUGACUCCGAUUAUUUUGCUGACAAGUACAAAAAUGGUGGUGAUCUAUCUAUGGAAAAACAAAGCCAGUCACAAGCAGCAGAGUAAGGCACAUCCAGAAGGCAGAAUCCUGGCGAAUGCCCCGACGGACAACCAUCGUCAUGGAAUAAAAAUGUACUGUGGCCGUGAAAGAUCGUCUCCAGAUUAAGUUCUAGCGUUAAUGUUAUGUUAAAGCACUGAAACACGUAGAAUUCAGUAAGAUAAGAAGUUCUGCAUUGUCAGAAAUGUGACUGAUCUUGUGCCAAUGAUUUAUUUUUUUUUUACUUGCAUUUCAAAAGGACUUCUUUACAACAGAACGCUUCACAAUACUUGAUAUUUUAGAAAUCCUGUUUUGUUAGAAUUGUUUUUUUCAGUUUUAGAAGGGGAUCUAGUAAAUUACUACUUAAGGUAAUAGUUUACAUUGUUUAAGGUAAAUAGUUAGGUGUAAAGGUUAUGUUUAUAUACUUAACAGUUUAUACUGCCUUCGGUAUAAAUGACAUGGAAAGUUUUAACUUUUUAGAUACGCACGCAAUUUGUGUAGGUUUGUUAAGAGCCAUAAAGAGAAGCACAAAACUCGAGCAUGUUUUAGUGACCUUAGUGUAUUACUACUGUGACUACAUAGAAGUAUUUCUUUUCCUUCUCCUCAUCGAACUCUUUUUGGUAGUUCAUCGAAUAACGUGACAAGUGUUUGCCAAGUAUGGCUUGUUCUUCCUGGUUCUGUUGGAUAAGGAAGGAGCUGUUGGGUAUAAAAACCUGAUACAUAA